AUGGGUGGAAAAGUAGAUAACUCCAUUAACAAUGGUAAAUCUCCGUAUGUAUUCAGACUUAGUGGUGAAAAUUAUCAUAGUAUUGGAAGUCUUAUACCAACGAAUGGAUCCAAGCCUAAAUUUUCUCAGUUAUAUAUAUAUGAUACUGAGAAUGAGGUUGCAAACAUACAAUUUGUUUUAGGGCAAAGCAAAAAAGACUCCACCUCAAGUACCGAAAAUUUGGAUUUUGAAAUUAUUACAGAAUUGAAGGCAAUGUUAGAUUCACACAAUCAGUUGGUUAAGUCUUACAGAAUGGCGCGAGAUUGUUUUCAAAGAAAUCCUUGUGAGAAUCUAAAGAUACGCCUUAUUGCAAAAAGGAAUCAAGAUGGUAGGACAUAUAACUUGCCAACUGCUUCUGAAGUUGCUGCUUUAAUAGUUGGAGAUAUUGACACUUUGUUUGAACCUAGAGAUAUUAUUGUGAAGAGUAAACAAGGUUAUCUCGAGCGUAUUAGUGAACUACAUCCUUCUUAUUUAGCUCUUCAAUAUCCCCUACUUUUUGUGUACGGUGAUGAUGGUUAUAGAAUUGAUAUCCUUCAUCGUGAUGUUUCUACUUCAACCAGCAGUGAUGUUUCUACUUCAACCACCAGUAAAAGACAUACGUGCACAAUGAGAGAAUACUUUUGCUAUAGAAUCCAAGACAGAUUGAAUACGUUUUCUUUGGUUCUUAAUUCCAGAAGGCUUUUUCAACAAUUUUUGGUUGAUGCGUAUACUAUGAUUGAAAGCGAAAGGCUCUUAUACAUACGUACUCAACAAAAGAAAUUAAGAUGCGAGACUUUUGAGAAUUUAUGUUCCGUUAAAGAACAAGGCAAAAGUGAUGUCUCUAAAAUCGGUCAGCGUGUUAUAUUACCUUCGUCUUUUACUGGUAGUGCACGGUACAUGUUUCAAAAUUAUUUAGAUGCCAUGUCCCUUUGUAAAUGGUAUGGAUAUCCUGAUUUUUUCAUAACAAUCACAUGUAACCCAAAAUGGCCUGAAGUGAAGAGGUUUCAUAAGGACACGACUCUUAACCCGGAAGAUAGGCCUGAUAUUUUAUGUAGGUUAUUUAAAAUCAAGUUGGAUUCCAUCAUUAAAGACUUAAGGGAUAAUGCAAUUCUGGGAAAGCUUCAAGCAGUUGUAUAUACGGUGGAGUUUCAAAAGCGCGGCUUGCCUCAUGCUCAUUUGUGCUUAUUUAUGCAUGCCGACCACAAACUUCCAACCGUUGAUUAUAUCGAUCCAUUCAUUUCUGCCGAAAUACCUGACAAAGACAAAGAACCAGAGUUAUAUUUUCUUGUAAGUGAGUUCAUGAUUCAUGGUCCUUGUGGUGUUGAAAAUAUGAAUUGUCCCUGCAUGAUUGACGGAAAGUGUUCAAAAAAUUAUCCCAAAAAAUUCCGUGAAUCUACAUGCAUAGAUGGUGAUGGUUUUCCCGUUUAUAAAAGACGUAACAAUGGUGUUUUUAUUGAGAAGUCAGAUGUCAAGUUAGAUAACCGCAGUGUUGUGCCAUACAACAAAAUUCUGUUACAAAGAUAUCAAGCACCCAUCAAUGUCGAGUGGUGCAAUCAGGCCGGAUCAAUAAAAUAUUUGUUUAAAUAUAUAAACAAAGGUCAUGAUAGGGCAUCAAUUUGUUUUGUACCAAGUAAAGAAGCAAAUGAUCAAGAAAAGACGGUUGAUGAAAUCAAAGACUACUAUAGUUGUAGAUACAUAUCUGCUUGUGAAGCGUCUUGGCGGAUUUUUUCUUAUGAUAUACAUUAUAGGAAUCCUUCUGUCAUUAGGCUUCCUUUUCAUCUUCCAGGACAACAACAUGUUAUCUAUGAAGAAUUUGAAGAAAUAGAAGAUGUGUUAGAUAAACCGUCAGUGAAUGCUUCAAUGUUUUUACAGUGGUUUCUUUGUAAUCAAAAAUACCCAGCCGCACGUCAACUUACUUAUGUCGAAUUCCCAACAAAAUUUGUCUGGAAGAGCAACAAACGUAAGUGGAAACCAAGGAAAAGAGGGUUUUCAAUUGGCAGAAUUCAUUCGGUUUCUCCUUCAGUCGGGGAAGCUUAUUAUUUGAGGAUUUUGUUGAACAAGGUGAAAGGUCCAAGAAAUUUUGAGGAUAUUAGAACCGUAAAUGAUGUUGAGUAUCCUACUUUUAGAGAUGCAUGUUAUGCAUAUGACCUUUUGGAUGAUGACAAUGAAUAUGUUGAAGCAAUUAUAGAAGCCAGUUUCACCGAAUCGGGUUAUUAUUUAAGAAGUUUGUUUUGUACAAUGUUAAUGUCCGAGAGUAUGUCUAGACCUGAAUUUGUGUGGGAAAAAACUUUCACUUACUUAUCAGAUGACAUUCUCUACAAGCAACGUCGUAUUUUAAAACAUCCAGGUUUAGUACUUAACGAAGAUCAACUUAAGAACCUAACAUUGUUUGAGAUCCAAAAGUUUUUACUUCGAAAUAAUUCCACUCUUAAAAGGUAUUCCAGUAUGCCUUUUCCUAAUCAUGAUUGUAUAUCUUCCGCAAACAAUCUUUUACUUAGUGAAGAGUUGGCUUACGACAAGGAGAUAUUAGCUGAAGAGUUUCGUAACCUUUUCUCUUCAUUAACUCAUGAACAACGGGUUAUAUAUGAAGAAAUCAUCACAGCGGUGGAUAACAACAAAGGAGGGGUUUUUUUUGUUUAUGGUUACAGUGGAACUGGAAAAAUAUAUCUUUGGAAGACUUUAUGUGCAUCUAUAAGAUCUGAAGGGAAAAUUGUUUUAAGUGUGGCUUCCAGUGGAAUUGCAUCUCUUUUGCUAUCAGGAGGGAGGACUGCUCACUCCCGGCUCCACAUUCCUAUCAAUUUAGAUGAGGAUUCUUUUUGUUUCAUUAAGCCAGAUAGCGAUCUUGCACGUUUAUUACAAGAAACAUCACUUAUUAUUUGGGACGAAGCACCAAUGGUACAUAAACAUGGAUUUGAAGCUUUGGACAGAUCGUUAAAAGACCUUUUUAGAUCUGUAUCUGGAGCAUCAUUAGAAUUACCAUUUGGUGGGAAAGUUAUAGUUUUUGGAGGAGACUUCCGACAAAUACUACCUGUGGUGCCAGGAGGAAGCAGACAACAAAUUGUAAAUGCUUCUUUAAGUUCUUCUUAUAUUUGGAGAACUUGCAAAGUCCUAAAAUUGACCAAAAAUUUGAGGUUGAGUACCUCAAAUGAUCCAUCUGAAAUACAAGAAACUACCAACUUUGCAAACUGGCUUUUGGAUAUAGGGGAAGGUAAUGUCGGUGGUGUGAAUGACGGCAAUGCAAAUUUACAAAUACCCGAAGAUCUUCUCAUCAAACAUUCGUCUGAUCCCAUUUCAGAGUUAAUCGAAGCCAUUCUAGCUCCAACAAAUGAUGUUGUUCAAGAAAUUAACGAUCGUAUGCUGUCACUUUUUCCGGGAGUUGAGAAGGAAUAUUUAAGCUCAGAUAGUAUCUGUCCAACAGAAAUGGUUAAUGAGAAUUUAGAUGAUACAUUAUGCUCCCCGGAUAUUCUUAAUGGAAUUAAAGCUUCUGGUUUGCCGAAUCAUAGGUUAGUUUUCAAGGUAGGUGUUCCGGUCAUGCUUCUUAGAAAUAUUGACCAAAAAAGUGGUUUGUGUAACGGAACAAGAUUAAAGGUGGUCUCUUUGGGUAAACGUGUUAUACAGGUAGAGAUUAUCUCUGGAAGUCACAUUGGAGAUCGUCAUUAUAUUCCUAGAAUUACGUUGAUACCUACAGACAAAAAACUUCACAUUAAGUUACAAAGAAGACAAUUUCCACUUGCGGUAUCUUUUGCAAUGACCAUAAACAAAAGUCAAGGACAAUCACUCUCUAGAGUUGGUUUGUUUUUGAAAAACCCAGUUUUCACACAUGGUCAAUUGUAUGUUGCAUUAUCAAGAGUUACCCGACGAGAUGGCCUCAAAAUUGUUAUUCUAGAUAGUGAUGGAAAUCUUUCUGAUACAACCUCAAAUGUCGUAUACAAAGAAGUUUUUAGAAAUUUGUAA